AUGAUUUAUUUCUCCAGGUGCUUCGUAACCUUGAUUCAAUCAAGAGCGGAUGUGCCGGGCUUAUUGACCAACAUAGUGACGGAAGGAACUAAAGUGAAACUGAGGGAUGAGCGGGAUUUUAGUGCUCUUAGUCUCCCGUCUGGCUUUUCUUACGAUCUACUUCCGGUCGGCCAGCAUCAGACACCACCGGAAGUGAGAGACCGCAAACUGGCCAAAAUCAAGGAAAUCCUAGAUGCGACUGCGGCAGACGGUGAAGACCCGUUUGAUGAGGAGAAACUCAAGAUUCAGCUCGUGCAACUCAUGUGGGUGCAGCAGGUUCACAAGGAAGCCAAGCGAGACCCAUUCAAAGUCAUGAUGAAGAAGAUCAAGUACGACUCCUUACCCCCGACGACGACGUGAGAAGUACUGCAGACGAGGAGUACUGUUUCUCGGUUUCCAACAUAGACUAUAUCCAAGAAUUCAAUUUGGUUUAUUCCAAAUAUACACAUCUUGAGUUUUUCGGAUUUUUUUUUUUGCUGUUGCGAUAAUUCCAGGCGGAGGAAUGAAAAGGAUGUUUUUUUUUCUUCAUCAUGUAUAUAUAAA